CCUGUUUCUGAGUCCUACUGCAGUCUUUUGCUAAUUGUAAUUAAUUUGAUGUGUCUUUAUUUUAUCAGACUUUACUUCAUUUCGUUUAAUCCAAACGCAGUAAUGGAAACAUGGUGUUUGCAGAAGUGUGAUGCAAAACAGGAACAGCGUUCUGGUGUAGGCGAGAAGGAGGAAACGUGUAAGAAGGGGUAGAACUUUCUGUCUAAAUCAAACAAGUGUAUGCUGUGAAGUAGAUCGGUCAGAGACAGAAGAGACACUCUGAAGCCCAUGUAUCUGAAACAGCACAAAGCUUGGACGUCUUGUUGGUUUUACAGCCAGUGAUUUUGUGAACUUUUGAUAUGAUAUUUAAACCACCAUGGAAAGGAACCACUGGGUUUCGGCUCUAAUCAUCUUACUUCACUUGAGACUUUACAUAGCAGCGGAGGAAAUACCAGGAAAUGUCACUGUUCACAUAUGGGAGGGGAACGUUACUAUAACCUGGGACCAUCCUCUGGAAAAUCCUGGGGAUUACCUCUAUCAAGUACAACUGCUUAUCCCGAUUCCCAAGUCUGGUCCAAUGUGUCCCACUGUAAUCUUCUUAAAACCACCGUAUGUAACAUUGGGAAUCUCCCCGUGGACCCAGUCUACAGAGUGCGAGUUGGAGCUCUAUCAAGUCAGAACAAUAUCCUCUGGAGUAUUAAACGACAAAUUAAUAUUCGGCUCAGUCAGCUGAUUGCUCCAACCUUCACGCUGUCAUCCACCUCGUACUCUGUGCGUGUGAAGAUACACAGGAAACAGAUACUUAAUGAGAUCUUUACCAAUGGUGUGCAAUACACUACAUACCUGUGGCCAGCUGGGCAGGAAAACCAGACACUGACAAAGAUUGAUGAAGAUAAGGACGAUGAUGGUGGUGAUGGUGACAUAACCUAUACCUCAUUGCAGCCAUUGCAAGUGUACUGUGUGCUUGUGAAGGUGGAGGAUACAGCCAGUGACGCUAGUAACAUCUCCCCUGUACAGUGUAUAAAGGUGCCAAUAGAUUGGACAUUAGUUAUUUGCCUCAUUUUACUGGGACUGAUGGGAAUUAUGGCCUUUCUAAUGCUCUGUGUUUGUUUCCUGAGGCGACCUCAGAAAAUGCCCAGUGCUUUGAAACUUGUAAGUGCGUGGAAGCCCAUGACUAUCGAAUCUGUACAAGUGGAGACUGUGACAGAGAAGGGAUGGAUAAUCAUCAACAAAAACACCGACACAAAGACCAUUGAAUUUCUUGAGGAAGACGAAGAGAGGAGAGGAAGCCUUGACAGUGGAGUAAGCAUAGAACAGCUGCAUCUGUCUGUCAGCAACACAAAGACAGAGGAACCAAAUGGAGAUGUACAAGUGGACAGUGGCUGUGGAAGUCUGGAAGGAACCGAGGGCAGUGGAAGUGUUAGGACAACCACAGGACAAUUCUCCAUACAUGACAUACACUGCAGUGGAAACAAUGAGGGAACUGGAGACAGUGGCUUAGGACUGGGCCAUCAUGAAGGUUCUGGUUCACUAGAGGGGGAAGACACUGAACUGUUGUCCAGGGUAGUGGCUGGGGAUGGAUAUCGGAGUCAGAGUCCCUCAAGUGUGGAUGUUCUGAAUGACAUGGAAUCAAACAUGGCAGCUCCAUCAGCUGGAUACAGAUCUGGUCAGGUGACAUGUAUGUGUUCAACUCAUGAAUACUGCAUUUGGUGCAAAUUUAAGAAUUCCUUCUCUGAAACGUGUCAAACUGUAACUCAGUUACAGACAGACUUUAGACUAAUUGAUGAUGGGAACUCUGUGAGUUGUAACUACUCAAAAAAGGGUUUAAUGCAAACAGUUUUAACCAUGGAAGACCCAGUGAUGGAGCCUGUCCUGUCAGAUGAUAACUGUGCUGAAUCUUCUGUGAUUCUCUGGUCAUGUCCACUACUUCUGCAAGGUGAAAAGAAACAAGACUGCGCAAUGGACACAAGAUCCUUCACACUCGAUAACAUGGGACUUACGUUUUCCUGAACAGCUUGCUGGGACUUUUACUUGAAGAAAAAAACAAAAAACAAAAAGUAUACAAAUGUGACUGGAAAUAUGGCCUUUAUCUUUCAACUGGGUACUCGGGGUACUUUGGGUACUCAGGGGUACAGUGUGUACUCAGGGUACUGUGUGUACAUAGGGGUAAUGUGUGUACUCGGGGUACUUUGGGUACUCAGGGGUACAGUGUGUACUCAGGGUACUGUGUGUACAUAGGGGUAAUGUGUGUACUCGGGGUACUUUGGGUACUCAGGGGUACAGUGUGUACUCAGGGUACUGUGUGUACAUAGGGGUAAUGUGUGUACUCUGGGUACUUUGGGUACUCAGGGGUACCCAUCUCUUUAUAAGCAGAAGAGACCAGAGUGUUUUGUUCUGCUGCUCAGAACGGGUUUGUCAAGCUUCAGAAAGACUUUAUGUGGUAUACAGUGUGUGUGAUCAGUGUGUAUGUGAGCAUUAACAAACACAGCGUAUUUGCCCUGAUUGUGCAGGGGUCUGUAUCAGGAUAGAUUCAGCACUGAUGAAGCAGAACCCGUCCUUAUAUCUACUUAUAUUAAGUUUAUUUAUUUAGAUAUUUAUCUACCUGCUAUUUUAUCACCAUUGGACGAACAGGAUAAUUAUGUUCUACAAUAAACCGCAGGAACACUGACAUAACAGUGACAAUAAACUCACCAGACUUCUCAACAACCAAUAGGGAAGUGCUGUUUUUUGGAGAAAUGAGACUCCAAGCAUCAGCUUCAUCAACCACAGAAAAACAGCUCUGUCUAACUUUUAUAGUGUUUAAAAAAAUGAAAUGUGUUUCAUUUCUGCAAUGUCUGCUCCUGAAGUCGAUAUCAAUGUUGAUCUGUUCCAUCCAAGGGCCAUCUAAUACCUACGGAGUAAAGGAUGGGUAAAGGACGGGUAGGGGAUGAGUAGGGGACGAGUAGGGGGUGAUUAGGGGAUGAGUAGGGGACGAGUAGGGGAUGGGUAGGAGACAGGUAGGGGACGAGUAGGGGAUGGGUAGGAGACAGGUAGGGGACGAGUAGGGGAUGGGUAGGAGACAGGUAGGGGACGAGUAGGGGAUCAGCCCUCUAUAUGGCAGUGAGGUUUUCCACUCAGGUAAAUUGUGAGUUGAGUCACUAUAUACACAUUAAAUACAACAUUGAAACUAAGACCAUAUCUGUAGACUCUUCUCCUUCAUCACACUACUCACAUGAGUUGACAUUCAUGUCCUUGUGGUUAUUAAAACAUCUGGCCUUCAUGAUAGGAGAUGAGAUAUAGAUGUAGAUGCAGAUGUUGAUGUAGAUGUAGAUGCAGAUGCAGAUGUAGAUGCAGAUGUAGAUGUAGAUAACAUCAGAUGUCAUGAGAUGAUAGGAGAGGAGAAGAGGAGAAAUGAUUUGUUUGUGGAUGAACACUCAUUUUUGUUUGCCAUAUUUUUAAUACCUUCAAAUUUAAGUCAAGAUCAGUUUAGUUUGAAAUUUGUAUUAACUAAUAUUUUAUAAAUUAAAUAAAUAAGUUUAUAAAAGAA